GCUACUUUGCGUAUGCUCAGCCUCAUGCGUUUCCCCCCUCUACCUAAUUUGACCAGUUGUGAUACACUGAUACACUAUUACCCUUUGGAUUGUUUUAACGACUCGAGAUAGAACGUUUGUUCCAUCGUUAUCGUCAGCGUCACCAGCACAGCACCAGGCAAGAAAGGCUAGAAACCCAAUAAAACAAAUUGUGCAUCAUACUGUUAUUCUGUCAUACUGUCGCAAUCAUCUCGUUUACAACCUACGACCCCGCCAACUCGCCAAUUGUGCAUCGAAUUUCCCCUAAGACCAAGACCAAGACUCGAGUUCCACACUAGACAGCUCCAGCUUACGACGCCGAUGCAUCAUGGCGGCCGUGCCAUUCAAAGUAAAGGCCAUCUAUGAGUACACCUCUGGCCACGAGGACGACCUACCUUUCAGCAUCGGUCAGAUCAUUACUGUCACUGACGAGGAAGAUGAUGACUGGUACGGUGGUGAAUAUGUCGAUGACUUGGGUGUAAAACGAGAGGGAAUCUUUCCACGAAACUUCGUAGAGAAAUAUGAGCCGACCGCCCCGCCGCGCCCAACGAGGAAUCGGAGGAAGGAGGUUGAACCCACUGCUUCUUCACCUCCUCCGCUACCGCCUGUUGCUCCAUCAGAACCCCCCUCUGUGGAACAGUUUGUGGAUGUACCAUCAGACGUGGCUCAUGACGAACCACAUGUUGCUUCUCCAGCCCUUCCGCCUCCUCUACCCCGUUCCCCUCCAGCUCUAGCUGCCCCUGUGGCUAAACCGCCACCGCCGUCUGCUAUCCCGGCUCCCGUCCCCGUCGAACCUAAGAUGCCUGAGCCAGCAAAUCCGCCUGUUGCUGCUCAGCCGGCAGCAAGAGCUCCAGCUCCGGUUCGGGCCGGUCCUCCCCCGGUAUCUGAGAAGCCUGCUACCAACUCAUUCAAGGAUCGUAUAGCUGCCUUCAACAAGCCAGCGGCCCCGCCCGUUGCGCCUUUUAAGCCUGGUAAGCUAAGCUCCGGUAGUACCGGCUUCAUCAAGAAGCCAUUCGUUGCUCCCCCGCCGAGCAGGAAUGCUUACGUUCCUCCACCUCGCGACGUACCAACUGCCAAGGUUUACCGACGAGACGAAGAUCCCGAGAUAAAAGCUAAAGAGGCGGAAGCUCUGGAAAAUGCUGAGAAAGCUGGUCUUGUUCCUACAAGUACCGCGGAAGGCCAAGCGGAAGAUCAGCCUAAGCCAACUAGCUUAAAGGAGCGAAUUGCUUUACUCCAGAAGCAGCAGGCCGAGGCAGCCCAGCGGCAUGCCGACGCUGUUGCCAAGAAGGAGAAACCCAAGCGCCCUCCGAAGAAGCGCAUCGAAAGUGAGGAUUCUACCGCCGCCGUCGCCGCCGCCGCUACCACUCCUGUUGAGGAAGCAGUUGAUGUUUCAGCUCCGUUGGAGAAACAAGAUACGGCAGAGGUUGCUAGCAAGAAAUCUGUCGACGAGCCUAGACCAAGGCAAUCAUUGUCCGUUCGGCGAAAGUCUACUACAGCACCCGCUGAAAAUGAUGGGAACGAGGCUGACAUGUCUGGCGCCGGGGAUACGACGGAAGGACAGGAAGAUCUCACCGAGAGGGAUGAUAGCGAUGAAAAGUCGCGUCCCCAUACAGCCGUCGUCCCUGAACCGGAAAUUCCGGAGGGCGAAGAGGAGGGUGCGGGAGAGGAGGAUGUCGAUCCUGAAGUUAGACGAAAAGAAGAACUUCGUGCUAGGAUGGCAAAGAUGAGCGGUGGCAUGGGUUUCCAUGGCAUGUUCGGUCCGCCUGGUAUGAUGUCCAUGGGGCCCCCAGCAAGUGCUAAGAAGCCUAGGGCAUCGCCGCCAUCUGAACGUCGCUCUAGUGAGCUAUCAGAGAGGCCUUCGUCAUCUAGAAUGGCGGCCCCUCCAGUACCAACUAUGAUGGCUCUACCCGGGAUGGGGAUGUCCAAGCAGCAAGGGGAAGAAGUUGCUGAAUCCGAGCAUGACGAACCAGGUGGGCAGGACACGACACCCGUUGUUAGCGCCCAGCCCACCGGUUCUAUUACAGAACCUCAAUCAAAAACACUAGGUGCCCCUCCUCCUGUUCCUGGAGGACGACCUGCACCACCUCCGGUUCCUGCGGAUUCUCGACCUCCGACUGCCGGUGUAACUUCUCCCAGCCAAGGUUCCGAAUCCGAUGAUGAGUUGUCCGAGAACCCUCAAAGAGCUCUUGAGACCCCUCGAGGCGAAGCUCCCGCGAGUCGAGCUCCCCCUGUACCAUUAGGAUCUCCUGCAGUUCCAACAUCGCCGCGGGUGCCUAAUAGACGCACUUCCUACAUAGGAGAAGGGUCCUCGCCAACCUCGCCGCCUCCUCCUCCACAGCCGAGUAAGAGAAACAGCCGUCCCCCACCCCCUAUUCCGGGCGCUGCCCCUCCCCUUACCCAAAACCGUCCUCCUCCCCCUCCUCCCCCCGGUGGUCCCCCAAGUCGCUCGUCUACUGCUGACGAACGAGUCCUUUCCCCAAUGAGGCCUGGAGCAUUGGAUAAUGGCGAAGAGGGAGAAGUUACAGAGUAUGAAGGCGACUACGACACUGAUAUUGGAUCUUCAGUCCAUCACAAGGAUGCGCUAAAGGCGCAUGCACGGGAUUCCAGCUUUGACGAUAGCACACCGAUGCGUUCACCCAUUGGCGAAGGUCCACCAUCUAUGCUUCCGCCGAUGCCGGGCGCCGCUGCCCCGAGAGCUGGUCCACCACCAGUUCCGAGUUUACCGGCACCGGGGCCGAGACCAUCUACAGAUGCACCUCGUGCCGUCCCUCCGCCACCGCCACCUCCGAAAGAGGUAUCAUACUCUUUUGAUGACGAAGAUUAUGAUCCUUAUAAUUACAACGCUGCACAGGACCUUGCCGCUUCCGCCCCCCACAGCAGUGUCGCCCAAGAUGAGGCAACCCCGACGCCACAAUCGGUUUCAGCUUACCAUUCGCCGCCUCUGCCUCCUCCGGUUAACCGAGGACCCCCACCAGCACCACCGGUUAAUAGGGGUCCGCCUCGAAAAUCCUUAGACUUACGAGCGGGUGGAAGGCGAUCAGUCGAUGUCUCUCGGCCAUCUAUGGAAACUGGCUUCGUGGCAAAUGAGAUUGAUCUAGCUAUUCAUACUCAAUGGUGGCUUCAACCAAAUGGAGUCCCUCCAAUUUUCCAGGGCAGGAAGGAUAUUUAUACCGAAUGUGAUGAGUCAACGGCUGGAACAACAGUGACUAAGGAGGUUUUCCUCCUGUUCCAAGAUUACUCGCAAACUAUUAUCACCGUUCGUUUCGAUACUCAAAAUCCCGCAGGCACUGAGCUUGAGCAGCGUCACGAAGGUCCCCCCCGGACUCUUCGUCAGGACGAGCUGGAGGAGGCUUAUGAGCGAUUUGGUCGAUCAAUUUCUAGUACAGUUGCGUCAAAGAAAGAUUCGGUUAUCGGCGACGGUACCCCUCAAGCGCUGAUCCACGAGCUUCUCAAGCCCCUCAAAGAUGCCCUACUACCAGUCGGUACACGCGCUUAUGGUGCUUUGGUUUACGCCAAUCUAGCCAAUGCUUCAACACAGCUGUAUGAUGAGAUCAGACCGGGAGACAUUCUUUGCAUCCGAAAUGCCAAAUUCCAAGGUAAACAUGGACCUAUGCAUGCGAAGUACACCAUGGAAGUAGGCAAACCGGACCAUGUGGCUAUCGUAUCGGAGUGGGAUGGUACAAAAAAGAAGCUACGGGCUUGGGAGCAAGGUCGUGAGAGCAAGAAAGUAAAACAGGAGAGUUUCAAGCUAGAGGAUUUAAGAAGUGGCGAGGUCAAAGUUUGGCGGGUGAUGCCUCGCAGCUGGAUUGGGUGGAGUUCGGACUAGGAACCUCGAAGACCAUCCUACGAAUAUCUGUGUCCGAUACUCAUGAGGGUCAGCACAGAUGGAAGGGUCAGUGUGGAUAGUUCUAUACG